CUUGGAUCGGGAACCAAGCAGCAACCUCAACCUCGCCAGCAAGACGAGCACAAGCACUGGCAGGCUGUCCCGGUCCGCCUUCAUUCAACUUCAAGUUCUUCAGAAGGUAGUAAGCUUGCAUGAGUUUAAUUCUUCUGAGACGGCGCCCAACUGCUUUGUGGAGCCUAAUCUGCUCAGCGGCUGAGAUUGUUAGAACAGUUCAAAGUUUUGCCCUCCUGCAACGUGUCUGCCGUCAGGGCUGCCUUUAAGCUGCUUUGUUUCGCUGUAGAGAUUUUGCCCGGACGAUGGGGCGGGCAAAGCAACAGCGGAAGUAUGCGCAAGUCAAGCGCAUCCUCAAUCUGAAGGAUGUGAAAGAUCAAAAAGAGAAGGCCCUCGCUGCCGGCAAAAAGGAUGACAAGCUUCCUCGAAAUGUCCAACAAGUUUCGUCCGCCCUCUUCUUCAAGUACAACACUGCGCUGGGACCGCCGUAUCAAGUGCUUGUGGAUACCAACUUCAUCAACUUCUCAAUUCAAAACAAGCUGGAUCUAGUAAAGAGCAUGAUGGACUGUCUCUAUGCGAAAUGCACGCCCUGCAUAACGGACUGCGUGAUGGCGGAGCUCGAGAAGCUGGGCCAGCGAUACAGGGUCGCUCUGCGCAUUGCAAAGGAUCCCCGAUUCGAGCGCCUCCCCUGCACUCACUCUGGGACAUAUGCGGAUGACUGCUUAGUGGACAGGGUUCGGCAGCACAAGUGCUACAUCGUAGCCACCUGCGAUAGAGACCUGAAGCGGCGAAUACGCAAGAUUCCUGGCGUUCCAAUCAUGUACAUUACACAACAUAAAUACAGCAUUGAAAGGUUGCCAGAAGCAACCAUUGGCGGAGCUCCUAGAAUGUAGGUCAAGUUCUAUGUUAGUAGGCAAUCGAACUGCGCUCGCCUUUUGCGGGCUUUCACGUUCGGCGACCAAACGAACGAGUAUGCUGAGAUGAACACAACGGAGUCAUUGCAGAGUAUGAAUCGAAAUGCUUUAGCUCCAGCGAAUACGUAGAGGGACGCUACAAAGUUAACGAAGAUUUAAGUGUCAGUCAUUUGAAACUAAAGGCCUGUAGAGUAGGUAUAUCAAGAUUCAGCAGCAUUUUAACCAGGUGAGCGAAAUUAAGAACGGACAUGUACAUAAUUGAUUGCAGAGAUGCCUUCUAUGUUUCAGCCACAUGAUGCAUGCCGAGCUCAUGUGCUGCCAUUAAAGCCUCAG